AUGAGCGCGGAAGCUCCCACGAAAGAAAUGGAAGACCUCAAAGUGAGCGCCACCAAGGGCACGGCCAAGCGCGAUGCGCUUCGAGCGAAUGAAAUUGAGGUUCAAAAGCUGUGGGAAGAACAGGGAGCCUUUGAAGCCAACCCAUCGGAUGGAGGCGGCAAGGAAUCCUUCAUGGUGACAUUUCCUUACCCCUACUCCAAUGGUCACUUGCACAUUGGUCAUGCCUUUUCUUUGACCAAGGCCAUUUUUCGGGCGCAAUAUGAACGGCAUUUGGGCAAAAAUGUCCUUUUUCCAUUUGCCUUUCAUUGUACUGGAAUGCCCAUUCAAGCGGCCGCGAACAAGUUGAAAACGGAAAUUGAAUCCUUUGGUUGUCCACCGCAAUUUCCCGAAGACGAUCCUGCAGUCCGUGCCAAAAUGGAAGCCGAAAUCGCCGCCAAGGAAGCGCAAAAGGCCAAAACACAGGACAAAUCCAAGGGAAGCAAAACGAAACUGGUCGCCAAAACCGGAACUGGAAUUGUGCGACAGUGGAAGAUCCUCCUCAAAAUGGUCCCCGAAGCCGAAAUCCCACAAUUCGUCGAUCCCAACCAUUGGCUCAUGUACUUUCCACCUAUUGGAGUCACUCAUCUCAAAAACUUUGGAGCGGGAGUCGACUGGAGGCGAGCCUUCAUCACCACGGCCGUCAAUCCCUACUACGAUGCCUUUAUUCGAUGGCAAUUUGAAGUCUUGCGAGAAAAGAACAAAAUUCUGUUUGGAAAACGCAACAGUGUCUUUUCGCUUGUCGAUGGACAAGUGUGUGCCGAUCACGACCGAUCCAGUGGAGAAGGCGUGGGACCGCAGGAAUACGUCCUCAUCAAAAUCAAAGUCUUGGAACCGGACCAUGGACAAGCGCGGCACGACAAAAUGGCCAAAUUGUUGAAGGAUCACCCCAAUCGAACCGUCUACAUGGUACCCGCUACGCUUCGUCCCGAAACCAUGUAUGGACAGACCAAUUGCUUUGUCUUGCCAUCGGGAGAAUACGGCGCCUACUUGAUUGAUGCCACGGAUGAAAUCUUUAUCAUGAGUGCGCGAUCGGCACGAGGAUUGGCAUGUCAAGUGUACAAGGGAAACGAGUACUUCAACAAAGAGUUUGGAAAGUCCACCUGUUUGGAAACGUUUUCGGGAGACGAACUUUUGGGACUUCCCUUGAAGGCACCCUUGGCAACCUACGAAAAGGUAUACACAUUGCCUCUUUUGACCAUUAGCAUGGAUAAGGGAACCGGUGUUGUGACGUCGGUGCCCAGUGAUGCUCCCGAUGAUUACGUGUCCCUCAAAGCCUUGCAAGACAAGCCCGAGUUCCGCGCCAAGUUUGACAUUACUGAUGACAUGGUCGUGCCUUUCGAAGUGGUGCCCAUUAUCUCCAUUGAAGGUUACGGGGAUGCGUCCGCGGUAUUCAUGUGCGAAAAACUCAAAAUCAAAUCGCCCAAUGACAAGGCCAAAUUGACGCAGGCCAAGGACGAAACAUACUUGAAGGGAUUCACCAUCGGGGUCAUGCAAAUUGGACCUCACAAGGGCAAAAAGGUCAGCGAAGCCAAGCCCAUUAUCAAACAAGAAAUGAUCGAUGCCGGUCAAGCCGUCUUGUACUUUGAACCCGAAUCCAAGGUCAUGUCACGUACCAAUGACGAAUGUGUCGUGGCAGCCACUGAUCAGUGGUACUUGGCGUACGGAGAAGAAUCCUGGUCCACCGCGGUCCGAAAGCAUGUCUUGAACGCGGACACGUUUGACGCCUACGAUCCUGCCGCCUUGUCUCGGUACGAGUAUGUGAUUGGGUGGUUGAAGGAAUGGGCUUGUACUCGACAAUUUGGACUCGGAACCUUCUUGCCGUGGGAUCCUGUUUGGGUUAUUGAGAGUCUGUCGGACAGUACCAUCUACAUGUCCUACUACACUAUUGCACACCACUUGCAGGGAUCUGGCAACUUGAAUGGCGAAACGGACAAGUCGCCCAAUAAGAUUGACCCGAAACAUCUCACCAAGGAUGUCUUUGACUACAUUUACCGCAACAAGGCCAUGCCGGAGAAUUGUCCCAUUCCAGCAGAGACCAUGAACAAGAUGCGAGAUGAGUUCCGAUACUGGUAUCCCAUGAACUUGCGCGUCAGCGCUAAGGAUUUGAUUCCCAACCAUCUUACCAUGGCUCUUUUCAACCACGCGGCCAUUUGGGAAGAAGAACCCGAAUUGUGGCCCAAGGGUUACUACUGCAAUGGGCACGUAUUGGUUGACGCCGAGAAGAUGAGUAAAUCCAAAGGAAACUUCUUGAUGAUGGAUGAGACUGUGGAGAAGUACACGGCCGAUGCGACACGCUUUGCUUGUGCAGAUGCCGGUGACUCGUUGGACGAUGCCAACUUUAGCCGCGAGACCGCCGAUAGCACCAUUGUUUCCUUGUCGAACGAGGAGACAUGGAUCACUGAGACUUUGGCCGCCACAGAUCUGAGAAAGGAAGGAGAGAUGAACUUUAUGGACAAGGUCCUUUUGAACGAAACAAACCGCCUUGUCGGCGAGGCAGGAAAAAAUUAUGCCGCCAUGCAAUUCCGUGAAGGAUUGAAGCAGGGAUGGUUCGAGAUGCUUUUGGCUCGAAAUGACUACAGAAGUUGGUGUGCCGACAGUGGUAUCAAAAUGCACGAGAAGGUCGUUCGGACGUGGGUCGAAAGUAUCAUCGUUGCCAUUUGCCCUGUCUGUCCACACUGGUCGGAAAAGCUAUGGAAGGCAAUUGGAAAAGAGGGCCUGGCUGUGAAGGCACCGUGGCCCACUCUUUCUGAAGUCGACAAGUUGUUGACGCGUCAGGCCAAGUUCCUUCGCGAUUCGCUCAAGACCUUCCGUGCCCAAGCUGGAAAGGCGAAGAAGGGUGCCGAAAAGUCAACAAUUCUCGUCACAGACUCCUAUCCUGAUUUCAAGGUGAAGGCCUUGUUGUGGAUGCAAGAAAAGCACGACCCAGACGCCGGUUUCCCCGCCACAUUCAUGAAGGAGCUCAAGGGUUGGACGAACGAGAAUGUCAGUGACAAGAAGCAGAUCAAGUUCACGAUGCAGUUUGUAUCCUUUGUGAAGAAAGAGGUGGAAGACGUGGGUGCGGCAGCGAUGGAAACGUCUCUGCCUUUUGAUCAGAUGGAGAUCUUGAAGGGCAGCGUACAGUACAUCAAGACGCAGCUCAACUUGAAAGAGCUUGACUUUGUGAAGCUUGGCGUCGAUGAAGCCGAGGUACCGGAUCGUAUCAAGGAAAAUGUUAGCCCAGGAAAGCCUUACUUGUGGAUCAGGUAG